GACUAUCCCAUUAUCACAUAUGAGAUAGGAUAUCAUACCUUAUGGUCUGGUAUCUGUUUGACGGUAAAUUAUGAUGACUUUAAUAUUGAAAUGCUACAGUUUUCUAAUUCAACCAAUGGCAAUACAUUUAUUAACAUUACUGGUCUUGAUGCUGUGUCUUGUUAUCUUUUUGGUGUACGUGCAUACACUGUUAAUGGAUAUGGAGAAUGGACAGUUAUUGCUAAUGAGACAUUAGCACUACAACCACAGCCAUCAGCUAGUAAUAUGUCUUCAUCAUCAGUUCAAUCAGUUAUCUCUACCUCAUCUACUGGGUAUUGCUCAGUUAGUUGUCCUUUAUGUAACUGCACUUCAGUCUCUAAUGCUACUCCAGUUUCAGUAGUCCCAUCAACUAGUGAUACAUCAGACAGUGUUAUUGCUCUUAGUGUGUUAGUUGGUAUAUUGUGUGGUCUAUUAACUGUCAAUGAUAAAAACUGUAGGACUAGUUCUCCCUUAACUGUGGAAGAAGAAGAAGGAGAAACCUGA